AUGGAGCGGAUUUGGGGCAUGCCUAUGGGGAGCCAACCACUGUCGGAGCCGCCGAAUGGGGGCAUUGGGAGUCUUAAGAUGAAUCAGACAAUGACCUUUAAGGAGAAGGUACUAGGGACUCCGGCUACGCGGCCGACUGUUCGAGAUCUUAUUAAGGAGGGGGCGAUGACGUUGGAGUUUGAGGGUGGUGAUCGGUUGCUACCCAAAUUUAGCAUUACGGCACCCACCCUUAAACAGUUGUGUGAACCAUGGGAACAGUGUCUAGUGAUCAAGCUGCUAGGGAGAGAGGUGGGGUUCCUAACCUUGCGGGACCGACUGUCUGCUUUGUGGAAGGUUCAAGGAGGCUUCGAGCUGUUGGACGUGUCAAAUGGUUAUUUCAUGGUGAAGUUUGAUCUGGAAGCAGAUAGAGAUCGGGUAAUGCACGGGGGCCCAUGGAUGCUCUUUGACCACUAUCUGAUUGUGAGACCAUGGUCCCCGGAGUUUGUUGCAUCAGCAACAAAGGUCGACAGUACUCUCGUCUGGAUCCGGUUUCCAGGUCUCGGAGUUAUGUUCUAUGAUGAAAGUGUUCUCUUAACAAUCGCCUCAGCCAUCGGGAAACCAGUCAAGGUGGAUCUUAAUACCCUGAACAUGACUCGGGGUAGGUUUACACGGGUCUGUGUCGAGAUUAAUUUGGAGGAACCAGUCGUAGGAAGAUUUUUUCUUAAUGGUGUGUGGUAUAAUGUAGAAUAUGAGGGACUACAUUUGUUGUGCUCCUCGUGCGGUUGCUAUGGGCAUGUUCUACGGAAUUGCCCGCAUGCCAUUAGGCCUGAGUCAAAGGUAACUGCCAUGGGUGAGAAGGAAAAUACGGUACAGCUGCCAAGGGAUCCACCGCAUGGUGAGGGUUCUGUUGCUCCAACAGGUGAGCAAUCUGCUCUGCGUGUCAGAGGGGAAUUAGCGCCUGAACCGCAUGGAGAUUGGUUGAUUGUGAAACGGAGGAAUCGAAAAUCAAAUCUCGGGAAACCGUUGAAUAAGGGCAGAUCUUCCUCGCAUAAUGGGAGUGAGAUAAUCACGGAGCAGCAUCAUAAUGUGCCAAGUUACUCGAAGAGAGGAGUCCACAAUUUGGCGGAAACACGUCUAGGCUUUAAAAGCACACAUACGGUGAGAGAGUCCCCACGUGAACAGGGCCAUGCAUUGGGAUCUUUAGCUCCUGAUGGGGGCCACGGGGUGCUUAUAAAUGAGAAUCGUAUGGGUCCCACGCUGGAUAGGAAAAAACGUAGCAGAGGGGGGGAGUCAAAUGCCCAACCACGACCCAUUCCAGCUAAUGCGGCUGCGUCAGCAGCUUCGAGUGCGCUUAAGGACCGAAGCACGCACACCAGCCCUUAUCUAGGAGACUCACGCCUUGUGCAAGAGGGCAUGCAAGGUACAACGUCCAGUGUGCUUCAUACAGGGUGCACAACCAACGUACACAAUGAUUCCGAGGACACAAUACAAGAGAUUCCGGGGGUGGAGGAUAUCAUGCAAUACGACCAGCCAUUGGAGACCAUGAUGGCCUGA